CCUGCAUGCCCCGGGGUGAGCUGCCCCCACCGUUAAAUGCGUGCUUGAACCUACACAGACAAGAUGGCGAACGUUGCAGUGCUCGUCUCGGUGGUGGCACUUCUUUGCUGCGCCGCCGCCCACAAACCAAGAUGCCCCGAGGACUAUCGCUACAGAGUGGAAACGUGUGUGAUGGAAGCGCAGGUGGCGCCACAGGCAGGGGGCGGCCUGCCUCUCGUUACUGACACAGAUAAAUUGGAGGAGCUGUGCGAGCGUGGAAUUCUCCAGAAAACGAUCGACUGUCUGCGAGACAUCCACACGCGAUGCGCCGAGAACGCCACCCAACGUCACGAACUGGACAUGCUGUUCAGCCUUGACCAGUGGAAGCAAGGGCAAGAACUGUUGUGCGAGGACCUAAACCGUAAGUUAGUGUUUAAAGACCAUUUUGAAUGUGUGUCUCGGUUCGGACCACGGAUUUCAAGCUGCAUACUGACAAAAACACAAAACUUUCGGAAGGAUAUCACUGAUGUGGGCAGGACACAUAACAAAACACUACAUAACAUCACGUGCAAUUUUGCGGAAGAUAUUGUCUACUGUUUAGAGAGGCCCCUAGCAAGAGCAUGUCCCAUACAGGUUGUGGAAACCAUGGUCAGCGCGCUCCAUAAAUUCCUACCCCCUGCCUGUGCCCCAGUGCCAACAAUUUACAACAGUGAAAACUUAAACGAAGAGGAUGAUGAAGAUGAUGACUCUGAAUUCUUGGAGGCUGUUAAUUUUGAUGCUGUUAUUGUGGAGGGAGGGGAUCCAGAGAAUUAAACUUUAAUUUCACAGGGGAGAUAACUGUACAUUUAUAUUGAAUAUUCAAAACACAAUGAUGAAAGAAGAGUGAAUGUGAUUAAUUGUUUGGGAGAAUGGUUUGUACAAAAUAUUGACCUACAUAUUAUUUUAUGCUCUAUGACUGUUGUCAUACUAUUUGACAUUGGUGUAUUUAUUACAUAUUUAUUUGUUGUUUUCUUAUUCACUAAACUAGUAAUAUUGGCUUAAUUGAAUAAUUUAAGAUUGUUUACCUAUCACUGAAGAAAAGGUAAAGUAAAGGUUAUUUUUUCAACAAAUAAGUUUGUGUAACAAAUAAAGUUUAAUGAAAUAAAAUUAAUGCUGAGCUAUUUAGUAAAAAUAGUUUGAACAUUUAAAAAUUCUCUUAUCAUAAAGCAUUAUAAGUUACGAGCUGACCCGCUGCGUAUCAUACGCCGCUAUUUAGUUUUUUUUCUUUCUACUUUUCAGUAAUUUAUAAUUUGUGAAUUCGACAGUACCAAUGCUGCCAUUGAAAAUAUUUGUUUAAAAACACUAACCCCCCCCCCCCCCCCCCACGUGAAAGCAGCCUCCUCUUAGUUACCUCCUCUAAGUUUAAAAUCGUUUCAAACUAAAUUAUCUGCCCCUAAUAGCCGUCACCAAACCCGUCUCUAUGAUUGUAAAAUGUAAACAGAGUGAACACCGCUCACCAGAUCAUGUGGGGGUGGGGUGGGGGUGGUAGUGAUAGUGAUAGAGAGGAAGAGAGGGGACUGCAAAGGCGUGCUUGCAGCUUGUUUUCUAACUGAUCCCAGAAGAGAAUUAUAUAUAUAGAUAAUCUGUUCAGUUGAGAGUAGUGAUUAAUUUCUUGUAAAAUAUUGAUAUUCUAUAUCACAAGUAUCGUCAAUAAAAAUUGUGUUAAAAUA